ACCAAGCUCCGAUGCUUCGGGGCUGGGUGGGUGAUGAUUGGCACGCUUGGUCCAGAGUCUGGGUGCGGCUGAACGAAACACGAAAAGCACAAGGGUCGAACAGUCAUGCAGGCCCUUUCUGAUGAUGAUGAGCACGGCUCCUGCUUGGAUAGGAGAUGGCUGGAGGCUCUAUUGACAUGGUCCGUAUCUGAGGAGACGGGAUUUGUGAGUCUGGCCCAUUCAGGGCGAUCCACGUUCGCGGAUACGAGCUUCGCAUGUUGCUUUCCGAUGAUCUUGUGGCAAUGACGGCGAUCCUUUGCCGAGACCACUCAACUCGAAGUAUCACAAGGUUGAGAUUACGGCCAGAAAAGAAAUCAAGCUGAGGUGAUGUGGGAAGGAUCGUCAAAGGAAAAGGGCGUCUGAGCGGACAACAGCAAGCCUCGACACGGCUGCGAAGAAGAUCAGAUCUUCAACCCACACUGCCUCGGUUCCCCCUCGACGUUGUCUUCUCGUCGAAAAGCGCUCUUCUAAAACGGUCGGUUACUGAACACUUCCCCGGUCGCAUGCAUGUCCAGGCUUCCUGGGCGCUGAUAUACGAGCGUCCACGGACGGCCAGCACAUUCAGAGGGUGGACGUCAUGAGCACUUGCAUAGCUUCCAGUGUGCCCAGUUUACAUCCUCCAGCAAUACCCAAUGGGCAUCGUCAUAUUGAUAGCAGUUUUUGGUCUUUACUCGACCAGAAAAGCAUGAGGUUGCCACCACCAAACAACAACCGCGGAAUUGGAGUUCUGAUUUGACGUCAAUUUGACCGAACAAUAAAACCGACAUCCCGAGCUUGACAGAAUAAAAAUGGGUCAGAUAAUCUUCUUAUUCGCAGUCGCUUUGAGAAUGUCGCCCAACAAUGAAGUACGACCGCUGCAAUUUGCCUAACGGGAUUCAAGUAACUGUGACUCCCGUCUUUGAGGGGUUCAGGUUCAAUUCCAAUGAUCACGCGCGGUGCAACUCGUUUCCUCCAGAGUGGAGAGUAUGCCUUCAUACAAAAGUUCACCAAGAUGAUCCCGCGUCCGACGCGUCCGGCGCUGAGCAGUCCUCGCAACCGUUCACCACUCCUUCCCUUAAAAACGAUGCCCUAUAUCUCACGUCCCUGUCUUUACCAUCGCGCCAAGACCAGAAACCGGGGAGUGCUCCUACGAGACAGGUAGCCAUGGUCCUGUGGAUCACAUUCCUCUGGUAUUUCCAGGAACCAAGUCCGAGAGUGAGUCGCAAAAUCCCCGAAUCGACGCCGCGCGACGGCGAGACAGAUCCGGUGUGGCGGCUCAGUGUUCAACGCCGUGGUAUGUUGCGCCGGAAGGAUCAAAUGAUGAAGCUUGAACGGUUGGGCCUGGUCGCGAGCAGAGACACCUCGGUUGGCGCGGAGAACGAAAUGGAUGACUUUACGGAUAUGUUUAUUAGCCAAAGAGCUUUCUGGCAGCUGGAUCCCAGACUAUACCUCUUCAGCCUCAGCUCAGUCGAGAUCACGCCUCGUCAGGUAUAUCCAAGCCCAACGUCGGCGCUCGAUUCUCUCGGUUCGGGUUUCCCUUUCGGUGCCGGUCCAAACACCUCAGGCUCUUUCCUUCCCUCGUACUACCCUCCUCGGCCGGUACAGUAUGUCUACACAGGCGGCGUCCGCCAUCCGCUACGCCCAAAACCAUACAGGCAGGGCGAGGUGUUUUAUGCCCGAUUCGUCCCAAGCGGCGGAGAAUACCUCAUGUUCCGGGUACCUGUCAUGCCCGUGAAGAGUAAUGUUCGGCGCAGAACAGAGCCGGGCAGAUACUCUGGGGAAGGGCCGGAUCUAUGCCUGGACUCGGAGCUAGCAAAUGAUCUGAAGCUCGUGUACGAAUGGACCCAUAAGAGACCGAAGGAUGCAGUUCUCCCACAAGGAGACUCGAUAGAAAAACAAUCAGACUUUCUCAAGGACCGUCUCUCUAGCCAAAAUUCGUUCCCGUCUCUCGUGUGCUGGAACUCAACACCUAUUGGUUACUUUGAACUCUUCUGGGUGUUGGAGGACCCUCUGGGCCGAUCCUUGGAGAAUGUGGGCUAUUACGACCGCGGGGUUCGCUGCUUUCUAGGCGAUAGGGACUUUCUCCAGGUAUACUGCAUCAAGCGGUGCCUAAGUGCACUGGUCCAUCAUUGCUGGCUCUAUGAUCAGAGGACGCGCACUGUCGUCUUUGAGUAUAGGGCGGAUAACCUUGAGUACGUACCUUGCUAUUUCGUGGGACAUGGAAUUAACACAUACCAGUACCACAACAGCUCUGAGAGAACUCGGCUUCACUAAGCUCCAUGAGACAAGGGACCCGGAUGCACAUAAUAUGAUUAUGAUGAUCACAAGGGAUGCUUGGGUCGCGCCUGAGCUCUAACCUGCCAUGGUGCCAUUGGCUAGGCAUUGUUCAUACAACAUAUGCUAGCACUCGUGCUCUAUAUGUAUACACUUCCGACGAGAUCGCCAGAGUGCUGUCUCGAGUCUAGAUCUCUGACAUCAUUACGUGCACCGUCGACAGUAGCCCGUCCGAUGACGGGGUAUAGAUUUGCGCUGCUAAUAUAUAUUUAGGGCUAACAGGUCUAUAGCAGCGGGUGAUAACGUGAUGCAGUACUAAAGAGGG